ACUUAACCUCAAAAACUGUUCCCAUCAUGUUGACAUACAUUCCAAAGCAAAUUUGUUAACAAAACAUAUUUUAUUUAAAAGAUGCCUUUCGACCCGGCUAAGCGAUGUGGUACGCCGCCAUCCUACGGUUUCUGAGACGCCGCAUUAUUUUAGGCUUAAUUUUAACGCUGUCCCUUUGCUACUGCAUUUUCAGCUAUGUCGGCAAGUCCGAAUUCUUGGACAACGACGACGUGGUCCCUAUAAAAAGAACCCAGCCGUUCAUUUGGAGAACCUUACAGCAACACAACUCAUCCAAUGAUGUCGAUGAUACUUGUAGGAACUCGGUGCAGGGAAAAGUACUUAUAGUGGAUGAUAGAGGCUAUGUGUGCCCUAGAAGUGAAAUAUUAAGCAACGGCUGCUGCAACAGUGAAACCCAACAUGUUUUACAGUACCCCUGUGAAACAUGCAACCCGAAUAAUUGUUGUGCAAUUUUUGAAUAUUGCAUUUCGUGUUGUUUACAUCCUGAUAAGAAAAACGUCUUAGAAAUGAUAUUAAAAAAAGCGACUGAGCAAAACAAUGUUCUGUUCGCCUCAGUAUCUGAUCAUUUUGAACUUUGCCUGGCAAAAUGCAGGACAAACUCGCAGAGUGUACAACAUGAAAACUCGUAUAAAGACCCCAAAGCAAAACACUGUUAUGGAGAAACUGCACCGACAGCAAAUUCCAUAGACGAGGCCUAAUAUUUAGUUUGAAAAUACCAAAAAAGCAGUAUUUAGACCCAGUUCUUUUUUGAUGUGUUGCUUUUCCAGAGGUAAAAUUAAGUUUUUAGUCCAUAAGCAAAUCAAAUAAUAUAUUUUUUAUUAACCACCAUAUUAAUUUAAUUAACAGUAAAAGCACCGUUAGUUUGUGAUAUUAUUUAGUAAUAAAUUUCUGAAAUGGUUUAGUU